AUGAUUGCAGGGAUAGCAAGCAUACUUGUGGCUCUGCAGCUCUUCACUCAGAUUGCAACUACAACCAAACUGGUAUGUUAUUUUACCAACUGGUCGCGCUACAGAACCGGUGUGGGGAAAUUCCUGCCAGAAAACGUGGACCCCUUCCUGUGCACCCACCUGGUUUAUGCCUUCGCUGUCAUCAACCAUGCCAACGAGAUCACAGAGUAUGAGUGGAAUGAGAAAAACCUCUACAAAUCAGUCACUAAGCUGAAGGAUAGAAACCCCGAGCUGAAGGUUUUACUGUCAGUUAGAGAAGACCACAAGGGAUCGACGUUCUCCAUCAUGGUGUCCACUCCAACCAACCGUCACACAUUCAUCCAGUCUACCAUCAAGUUCCUGAGGACUCACGGUUUUGAUGGUUUAGAUCUGGACUGGGAUUACCCUGGAACUGGAGCCAGUCCCCCAGAGGACAAGUUCAGAUUCACUCUGCUGUGCAAGGAGCUUUCAGAAGCCUAUGAUGCUGAGAGUAAAGGAGGCAGUGACGCACAACUGAUGCUCUCGGCAGCUGUGGCCUCACAUCCAGAUGUUAUUGAUGCAGGAUAUGAGAUCUCUGAGAUGUCAAAAUACCUGGACUUCAUCAGUGUUAAAACUUUUAAUCUCCAUGGUGAUCGAGAUGGAAUGACAGCCCACCACAGUCCUCUCUACAGUGACAAUAAUGCUAACAUAUAUUAUAUAACACACCACUGGAUGGAAGGGGGGUGUCCACCAGGGAGGUUACUGCUGGGUUUUCCCAUCUACGCUUGUUCCUUCACGCUCUCCACCACAGCAGCAGGUCUGGGCUCACCAAUUAGUGGCCCUGCCCCACCAGGGCCCUACACCCAGGAGAUUGGCGUCUGGUCUUACUAUGAGACCUGCUCUUUUCUGAAGGGGACGACUGUUCAAUGGAGCGACAGUCAGAAAGUUCCCUAUGCUGUCAAAGGCAAUCAGUGGGUUGGCUUUGAUAACCAGAGGAGCAUUGAUGCCAAGGUAGACUACCUAAAGAGCAGGCGUCUGGGAGGAGCUACUAUUUGGACUCUGGAUAUGGAUGACUUCUCUGGACAGUUCUGUGAGCAGGGCAAAUAUCCCCUGAUAUCAUAUCUAAAAGCAAAACUCUGUGAAGUCCCUGUGGAGAAGCUGCUGUACUCCACCAAGAUGCUGAAGAAAAAAACAUUUGCAGGCUGGUGA